AUGGAGCUGGACACUGGAUCCACCCUGUCAGUAAUCUCCAACAAAGACUACCAGGCUCACCUUCCACACCUGAAAUUGCAGCCUACGACUGUGAUUCUCAAAACAUACACUGGGGAGAGGAUAACACCGAUGGGAAUGGUCACAGUGAAAGUCCAAUAUGGAGAGCAAAAGUGUGUGCUGCCCUUGUAUGUCAUAGAAAGAGGAGGUGUACCCCUGUUUGGACGUGAGUGGCUACGUGAAGUGAAACUAGAUUGGCAGUCAAUCAAAGAAAUGCAAUCCAUAACAGUCACUGAAAAACAGAGCAGCCGCACUACAAGUGAAAGACUGAAUAAAAUGCUCACUAAUGCAGGGAAAGUCUUCCAGGAGGGCAUUGGAACAUUAAAGCACAUGAAAGCACAGAUUGUGUUGGAAGAUAAGGCAGUCCCCAAAUUUCACAAGGCUCGCCAGGUACCAUAUGCCCUUCGUCCUAAAGUGGAGAAUGAGCUCCACAAACUGGAAAACGAGGGCAUAUUAUCCAAAGUUGACUGGUCUGAGUGGGCGACGCUUAUAGUUCCAGUAGUGAAAGGAAAUGGCUCAGUACGUAUCUGUGGAGAUUUUAAAGUAACCAUCAAUCCGGUACUGAAAGCUGAACAAUACCCUUUACCGCAUAUUGAUGACAUAUUUGCAGCACUGGGCCAGGGUAAGCGGUUUUCAAAGAUCGACCUCGUACAGGCGUACUUACAGAUGGAGAUGGACGAGUCUUCCAAAAAGUACUUGACGAUCAACACUACAAAAGGUCUCUAUCAAUACAACCGCAUGGUAUUCGGUAUAGCCUCAGCUCCGGCAAUAUGGCAGAAGGCCAUGGAACAAGUCCUACAAGGCAUACCAAAUACACAAUGCUAUUUGGACGACAUUGUAAUUACCGGAACCAAUGAUGACGACCACCUUACAAACCUGGAAAAAGUACUCAAGAGAUUGGAAGAUUUUGGAUUACGGGCCAACAAAGCCAAGUGUGAGUUUUUCCAGGAUGCCAUUGAAUACUGCGCUUCCAAUGGCCAAGCGGAACGCUUCAUCCAGACCUUCAAGCAGUCCAUUAAGGCCAUGGACAAAGACAGGGGGUCACUACAGCACAAGAUUGCAAACUUCCUGUUGGCUUAUCGUAACAGUACGCGUGCCACAACUGGGCAGACCCCAGCCAUGCUCUUUCUAGGACGUACACUGACGUAA